AUGGAAGAAGCACCUGCGGGACCACAGUGGGCUCUUUACAGUACCGUGGAGGAAGUGCUACGGCUUGAGGAAGUAGAUGCUCCUGAACAAAUAACGCUAAACGACUUCAUCAGGAGGUACGUUGAUCCCAAUUUCGUGCUCGAAGGCCGCAAUGUGAUGAUGGGGGUGGUUAUUCAGGAGCCUGUGGAUUGCAUCAGUGACGAGCGGCUCCUAGGAAGAAUUCUUAAUUCACCAGAGUACCAGCGCCUGGAGGACGCACACAAUCUUAUGAGGCAAGGCGUGUAUUCUCUCGGUCAAUGGAAGGACUUUCAUCAGAAGGACAUCGUUGCUGUUAUUACAAGGUCAAAACUCAACGCCGCCCUUGAGGUGGCGGAGGUACUCGAAAGGGCGUGGCGGGUGAAGGAAAUUGCCAGACGGCCGUUGCCGGAGGGCUUCUACGACUCUGUGCUCAAGGCGAGGUGGAGCCACGUCUUGGGGUUUCCCGAGGGCGAUGGGGAGGAGGAAGUGGCGGUGCGAAUGGAGGUGAAGGCGGGCCAAGCGCCAGCACAGUCGUGGGAGUACAAGAUGCAGGGCACAACUCUUCGGCCGGUGAACGAUGCGGGGCAAUUCACCGCACCGCGCCCCAGGCUGAUGGUACUCACCUCGGAGAAGGGCUGGCCGUGCUUGCUGCGGGAGGGAACAGCCAUGAAGGACUGCUACGUCAACCGUGAGGCAGAUCGUGUUUGGCGGAUCGUCCAGGGCGACCUAAACGGGGCGUUC